AUGACUUUCAGCUCGCAGGCUCUUCAACAAAUAAAUUCUUCAUCAGUGUCCACCUACAGUCCGACGAGCACACCUCAGCCGCAAAUAUCUGAAUCCUCAGCAGAUGAAUCUCGAACAACCAGUAGUAGACAGUCUCCUCAACCCUCUUCCACCAGUGCAAACGCGCAAGGAAAACCUCCGUACUCGUAUGUAGCGCUAAUCACGAUGGCAAUUCAAAACUCAAAUGCGAAACGGGCCACCCUAUCAGAAAUAUAUACGUACAUCACUGCAAAGUUUCCUUAUUUCGAACGCAAUAAAAAAGGCUGGCAAAAUUCCAUCCGUCACAAUUUGUCCUUAAACGAAUGCUUCGUUAAAGUUCCGCGUGAAGGUGGAGGCGAACGUAAAGGGAACUACUGGACGUUGGAUCCCCAAUGCGAAGAUAUGUUCGAAAAUGGAAAUUAUCGCCGACGUAGACGAAUGAAACGCCCCUACAGAUCCGCUCAACCGUACGCAAAGGCGUUCUUUGGCGAUCCUUUGGGUCAGCACGGGUUGCCACUGGCGCGUAAUAUAUUCACACCACCAACUUAUCCUCCGCCGUACUCGCGGUACGAUACCGCAUCGUGGCUCGGACAGUCUCAGAUAGCCUACUCAAGCUGUUCCACUCCGUCGUACACGCAGCAAGGAUACCCUUCCCCCGCAUUUAGUGCUUGUGGUGUUCGCCAAGACAGUUCCCGUUAUCCGUCUUACUGGCCGCCCGAUAGUGAGUACUCUGGUCCCCACACCUCGCCUCCCGCUGAUCCCCAGCUACUUUUACAGUGGUGACAAUCAAAGAAGAACCAACUAGUCCUACAUUUCCCAAGUGUUUCAUGUGAGUCGCUAUCUUCCUGCUCCCAAACACCUUCACGCAGGACUAUGCAUUCAACUGCGACCUGGCAGUGAUACACGAAGAACUUUUUUAUAUAUGUUGAUUAAUGUCGUCCGUCCAAGUUUUCUUAACUGUUCUUUGUUUAUCCUUAUAAUUCAUUCUCUACGCGAACGCACUGAUGUCGCUAGAUAACACUAUUUUAAUGUAUAUUACUUUCGUUAUCAUUUACACUAUUACUUUUAAUUGUUUCUGUUAGAAGAAGAAUUUUAAAGACACCUGUAGAUACGCUUUCAUCAGUAUUUGAUUAGAAAUAUAAUUACAUGUUACCUGUCCUUAGAUUUGUAUUUUUAACUUCUUUCAUUAAAGCAUGUACCUAAAAACUGUUUUUAUUUUAUUU